AUUUGAAGAACUCGGAGCUCGUAGCUGCUCCAAAGAUGACAUUGAGAAUGGACUUCAGGAUCUGGAAAUAAUAAUGGCGAGCAAGAUAGGAAUGGAUGAGUUUUAUCCGAGGGGUUAAUUGUUAGGGUUUGGUAAGGCCCCGACGUGACGAGGAAGGAAGAGGGGGUUUAGUGGAGAAAGUCGAGUUUUGGGAGGAAGCUCUUGCGCCCGGGCGAAGGUCAUGUGACAGCCGGUCGUGGGGCCUAGGGCAUUGUUGGAGGGCCAAGCGAAAGAGUAUCGCGACUUGCUGGGGCAAGAAACGAGUGCUCGGGUCGCGGCAGUAUCGCGGACAUUGGCCGGUCUGGACUUCGGGACAUAUGUGGGCGAGGAGUCGGGGUCGAGCGAAUUUUGCAUGUCUAAUUUGGAGCUCGGUGAUUUAAGCGGUUGGGUCGGAUCCAGUCGUAGGGGGCAGGUCGCGCAAUUGAUUGGUGCGUUGCAGGGCGGCACGUUCUCCUAGUCCUCUGCUGAUUGCUGUCUCUGCUGCCGCUCGUGUGAUUGAGGACCUCGGUUUGUCCCUCUACGGUACUCGAGGGACAUCUCCUGGUUUAUACGCGGUGCCAUCUUCAGUCUCUGUAUAUUUGUAAAGUCAAUCGCUUGAGGAGGCACGCCAUGCCGACCGUGAGUGUUAAGUGGCAGAAGGUGACUUUCCCAGCUGUGGAAAUAGACACCGAUCAACCUCCUUAUGUGUUCAAAUGCCAGCUCUUUGACCUGACGGGUGUUCCGCCCGAGCGACAAAAAAUUAUGCUGAAAGGUGAGCUUCUCAAGGAUGAUGGUGACUGGGGUAGACUGGGUGUGAAAGAUGGGCAAAAGUUGAUGAUGAUGGGAACAGCAGAUGCCAUCCCAGAUGCCCCGAAGGAGAAACCAAUAUUUUUGGAAGAUCUUCCCGAAGAUCAACAGGGUAGUCAUGCCACCGGCUACACAGCAGGACUUGUAAAUCUGGGUAACACUUGCUACCUUAAUUCCACGUUGCAGUGUCUACACACUGUCCCGGAGUUGAAAGGAGCUUUGCAGAACUAUUCUGCUUCCAUGAGCACCGAUACGGACUUGUCAUCGCACAACCUCACCUUAGCAACGCGGGAUCUUUUCCAGGAGUUGGAUCGUAGUUCGAACGCUGUCUCGCCCUCCAGGUUUUUGACAGUUUUGCGGAGCAAGUUCCCGCAAUUCUCUCAGCAGGACAAUUCUGGAAUGUACAUGCAGCAGGACGCGGAGGAGUGCUGGACGCAGUUGGUUUACACUCUUUCCAAGGGUUUACGUGUUCCUGUUGAUGAAAGCAAAACAUCUGAGGCUACGGUCAAACAUUUGUUCGGUAUUGAUCUUACCAACGUCGUGAAAUGUGCGGAGACAGGGGAGCAGAGUGUCGAUCGUGAAACCGUUUACACACUAAAAUGCCACAUAUCUGUUGGGGUCAACCAUCUGGUCGAGGGCUUGAAGCAGGGCUUAGUGACAGAGAUAGAGAAAACGUCGCCCGUUCUGAACCGGACUGCUGUGUACGUAAAGGAAUCUCUUCUUAGCAAGCUGCCUCAAUAUUUGACCGUGCAGUUUGUUCGAUUCUUUUGGAAGAGAGAUUCUGGGAAGGCCAAGAUUUUGAGGAAGGUCGAUUAUCCUCUGACCUUGGACGUACUUGAAUUUUGCACGGAGGAGUUGAAGGAAAAGCUGAAGCUACCCAGAAAACUCUUACAAGCUCAGGAAGAUAUCAAAGCCGGGCUUCUGAAAGCAACGAAAGGGAAAGAGAGGAAGGAGAGUGCGGACGAGGAGAUGGCUGAGGCACCUUCGUCCUCAGGAACUAUAGAUCUUGUGAAGGAAGAACUUACCGGCGUUUAUGAUUUGGUUGCGGUGUUGACUCACAAGGGACGUAGCGCUGAUUCUGGUCAUUACGUUGCUUGGGUGAAACAGGAGAGUGGGAAGUGGGUUGAGUUUGAUGACGAAAACCCCAUUCCACAACGUGAGGAAGACAUCACCAAACUCUCUGGGGGUGGUGAUUGGCACAUGGCAUAUAUUUGUUUGUAUAAAGCUCGGGUUUACCGAAGUGAUGUUGAAGUCAAGGCACCAGCAUUGUAAUUUUACUCGAACAGUCAGUUAGUCUUGUACCGAAGUUCAUGUCUGCACGGUUCCUACAGUUAAUUACAGCAGUCUCCAUACACUUGGAAGACCAAGAACAAUUUUGACUGCACACGUGUUCAGGACUUGGAUAUUUUUUGCAACGUUGGUCUCGACGUGACAAGUAUGAGACGUGUGAUACGUAAGGAGCUUUUAGGGGUAUAAUCUCGACACAAACCCUUGGUCGAGACGAAAUCUGUGAGGGCAAAUUCUGUGACAGAAGACUGGAUCGUUGUAAACUAGAAGACAGACUUGUGAGUUGAAUCUGUUACUUUGUCUGCUUCUUACGUUUUCAUGCAGUACCGAGCUACAGUAUUUGUUGAAGUGCUCAAAUGGCUAUUAUGUUCUGUCGAGUGGUACAUUCAGCAACGUAAGGGUCACAGUUGAAGCACAACCUUUCUUGUUCUUUCUUUUUUCUCGUUCCUCGUUCCUCGUUUCUAUUUGGCAAGUAGUAAGAACUGUCAUUUUUGGAAGAGGUAGUGUGAAGCAAAGUUAGUGGUGCAUCGUUCUGUAGUAUCCAACUGUCCUGGUCCUUAAAAGUUGGAAUAGCUCUCCUUGGAAGAGAGCACUGUGGCAUGAAUUCACCUUCAGAGGAUGAUCUGGCUGAAUUACUUAACGUGAAAUGUCCACAACGGAUACUUCUUGGUAUAUGAUGUCAACUUCAUGGUCAUUUUUGACGAGAUUGGUAGCGAUCCACAAUAAGGUGACAUCUAUCUACAUAUAUCUCGAAUUGAGAACUCUUCACCAGACCCAGCACAUUCACUGAUGUCCAUGUCAUGAGAAACGGGGUAACAA